UGCAGGCCGACGGAGACUAUCCUUCCCCGGCCGAACUGGGGUUAGGUCCGCGGUGGGAGCCGCGCCUCAGGCUCCGCCGCCAGCCGGGGCUCGGGCUGGGGCCCGGGCCCCCGGAAUGGCCCUCCGGCCCUCAAAGGGCGACGGCUCAGCCGGCCGCUGGGACCGCGGCACAGGGAAGGCAGACUUCAAUGCCAAAAGGAAAAAGAAGGUGGCGGAGAUACACCAGGCUCUGAACAGUGAUCCUGUCGAUGUGGCUGCCCUCCGACGAAUGGCUAUCAGUGAGGGAGGGCUCCUGACUGAUGAGAUCAGGUGCCAAGUGUGGCCUAAGCUCCUCAAUGUCAACACCAAUGAGCCACUGCCUGUGUCAAGGAAGGAUCUGCGAGACAUGAGCAAGGACUACCAGCAAGUGCUGCUAGACGUCAGGCGGUCUCUUCGGCGCUUCCCUCCUGGCAUGCCAGAUGAGCAGAGAGAAGGGCUCCAGGAAGAGCUAAUCGAUAUCAUCCUCCUCAUCUUGGAUCGAAACCCUCAGCUCCACUACUACCAGGGCUACCAUGACAUUGUGGUCACUUUUCUGCUGGUGGUGGGCGAGAAGCUGGCAACAUCCCUGGUAGAAAAAUUGUCUACCCACCACCUCAGGGAUUUCAUGGAUCCCACAAUGGACAACACCAAGCACAUCCUAAAUUAUCUGAUGCCCAUCAUUGACCAAGUGAACCCAGAACUCCAUGACUUCAUGCAGAGUGCUGAGGUUGGGACCAUCUUUGCCCUCAGCUGGCUUAUCACCUGGUUUGGGCAUGUCCUGAUGGACUUCAGGCACGUUGUGAGGUUAUACGACUUCUUCCUGGCCUGCCACCCACUCAUGCCUAUUUACUUUGCAGCUGUGAUCGUGCUGUACCGGGAGCAGGAAGUCCUGGACUGUGACUGUGACAUGGCUUCUGUCCACCACCUGUUGUCCCAGAUCCCUCAGGACCUGCCCUAUGAGACACUCAUCAGCAGAGCUGGAGACCUCUUUGUUCAAUUUCCCCCUUCUGAACUUGCAAGGGAAGCGGCUGCUCAGCAGGAGGCUGAAAGAACGGCAGCCUCUACUUUCAAAGACUUUGAGCUGGCAUCGACUCAGCAGAGGCCAGAUAUGGUGCUGCGGCAGCGGUUUCGGGGACUUCUGAGGCCUGAGGCUCGAACAAAAGAUGUCCUGACCAAACCAAGGACCAACCGCUUUGUGAAAUUGGCAGUGAUGGGGCUGACAGUAGCCCUUGGAGCAGCAGCACUAGCAGUGGUGAAGAGUGCCCUGGAGUGGGCCCCUAAGUUCCAGCUGCAGCUGUUUCCCUAAACUAAGCUCAAACAGCCACUUCCUCACCCAGGGCACCAGGCUCUCCCCAUUUCCAGAAAGAGGGUGAAGUUGCUGUGAUU